UCUGUGCAGCAGUGUGCCACAAUGGCGGUGUUCGACAGUGCUGUGGUUUUCAUUGCCAGUCUGAGCCUUGUUACAGGUAUUGGAACAAACGUUGCUGAGAACAAACCCGCAUGGAUGAGCUCAAUCUGGAAGUCGAAUCAACCCGCCAGUACUGCUGUCGAUGGAGUAAUACUUGCACACGAUUACAAAUACUCAGCUGUCACAAAACCGGGCGAAAUGACAGGCUGGUGGAAGGUGGAUCUACAAACACAAGUACAGUCAGCACUGGUUACCCUGUACUUUAGUACAUACUACAAGCCAAGACGUAAUGGAGUGCAGCUCUACACAUCUAUGACAAAUUCAUCUGAUCCCAAGGAAGGAAAUCUAUGUCACAGUGUAACAGGACGUUUUAACGGUACAGAAAUUCCUGAUGUGCUGAAUGUCACCUGUCCUGGAACGUGGCACUACCUGACUGGAUACACAGAGACUGAUAAUGAUGGAUAUGGUCCUCUAUUAGACUUUGUUGAAGUACAAGUGUGGACGUGCUCCGUUGGCAUUUAUGGAGUCAACUGUAACAAGAACUGUAACUCUCGCCACUGCAGUGGUUCACCGGACUCAUGUGAUUCCAUGACCGGGGCGUGUCCAAGUGGACAGUGCCAGACAGGAUGGGCAGGAACAGACUGUGCAGCGUGCGCCGUUGGCAUUUAUGGAGUCAACUGUAACAAGAACUGUAACUCUCGCCACUGCAGUGGUUCACCGGACUCGUGUGAUUCCAUGACCGGGGCGUGUUCAAGUGGACAGUGCCAGACAGGAUGGGCAGGAACAGACUGUGCAGCGUGCUCCGUUGGCAUUUAUGGAGUCAACUGUAACAAGAACUGUAACUCUCGCCACUGCAGUGGUUCACCGGACUCGUGUGAUUCCAUGACCGGGGCGUGUCCAAGUGGACAGUGCCAGACAGGAUGGGCAGGAACAGACUGUGCAGCGUGCUCCGUUGGCAUUUAUGGAGUCAACUGUAACAAGAACUGUAACUCUCGCCACUGCAGUGGUUCACCGGACUCGUGUGAUUCCAUGACCGGGGCGUGUCCAAGUGGACAGUGCCAGACAGGAUGGGCAGGAACAGACUGUGCAGCGUGCGCCGUUGGCAUUUAUGGAGUCAACUGUAACAAGAACUGUAACUCUCGCCACUGCAGUGGUUCACCGGACUCGUGUGAUUCCAUGACCGGGGCGUGUUCAAGUGGACAGUGCCAGACAGGAUGGGCAGGAACAGACUGUGCAGGUGAGAGUAUUAUAAUUAAUAAAUUGGAUGUAGAUGACCAAAUAGUGUCUUGGUUUGACUCAGGAUGGGACUAA